AUGUGUCGAUAUACCUUCCACCACUAUACCCGCUGCGGCCACAUCUCCAGCUUCGAUUUCCAUAGCUGCGUUGAGGUCAUUAACCUGCUGCGCGGAUUAUCCCAUCCCGGCUCGAAUUCGCCCGAACUGACCUGUACCAAUAUCAAGGUUGAACACGACCUGUGCUCCACUAAAAUAGAGACCUACUGUCUGCAUUGUGAAAUUGACUGGCAGCGCUUGACCCAAGGCACUGAAGGAACCGUUCGCAGCAUCCCGAACUACAUUUCAAUCGAAGGGUCUGACAGCCCAGACCCAAUCAUUACCACCAAGAUGCAGUGGCAGGUUACCAAGUCCCGAAAGCGCGAUUUCCACGACGCCUUUCUCAAUCUUGACCUCGAUGGCGACCACAAGUCUGAUAGCAGCAAUGACAGUACCGUCCAGCCUACCACCAUCCCCAAUGCGUUAACUCUCAGUUCCCCCGAGCUGUGGCAUGACUUUGUUGAUGUCCCGCUGAACGUCCAUGACCACGACGCUGCAGACCAAGGCAAAGAGGAUUGUGGUCCCAGUCCCGCGAAGAAACGUAAUGGCCCCAUCUCUGAAGGCUACGUGGUGAUUGGUACUGACAUCGUCACCACCCAGGCAGAACGACUUACUAGCGCAGUCAACAACGAAGAAUCCUCGGACGAGGGUGACUUCUACAGCCUAUGGCUGUCUGACUCGGACUCGGACCCGGACGAUUGCGAGACAGAUGGUACCACUAGGUCCCUCAUGCGCCAGCUGGAAAGGUUCACUUUCCCAACCUACCGUUCUACACCUCGAAGCCUUGAACUCCCUUGUUCUCCGCGCACCCGUCAUCGUCCCGAGCCAUUGCCCCUGUACGUGGGCUUUCCCGGCCAACCGCCGGAAAGGUCACCUCGGACGCGCCGGCCUUCGUCUAGGGGGAAUUAUCUUGAUGCGAGGACGGAGCUGCAGUCGCCUGUGUUUGAGGGGUUUCCUGGUAUUCUUCCAGAUGAGGAGGAGUUGGGACUGCGGUCGCCUGGUCGUGCGAGUUUCCCACGUAUUGUGAUUGAAGAUGUUGAUGAGGAGAAGAAGGGGAAAGAGAAAGAGAAGGUAAAGGUGGGCAAGUCGACUGGUACGGUAUUGGGUCUUCGUGGUGCGAGUUUGGCUAGUGGUCCGGGGUGUGCCGUUGCUGUGUUGAAGGGGUCGAAUAUUGCCAUGACGAGGGAGUGA